AUGGCGGACGAGCGAAUGGGCAGGCAGAGGCCUUUUAGAUUCCUCGAGGAUUUGAAGAAUAAGUUUGAAGAACAGUUCAAUUAUGCUGUAGUGAAAGCAGCUACGCCUCUCCAGUUAAACGGAGAAAUGCAGCACUCUGUGCUUGCGACCCUGAUGGAGUUCCACAACUCUCCUGAGGCCGAUACCAUCACUAGGGUGAGAGCACAUAUUGGUAAUAUCCAUGACAACAUGGUUGAAAAUAUUGAUAACAUAAUUAAACGACAGGAGAAAAUUGAGCUCUUAGUCGAGAAGACUGAUGAUCUCAAUCGCACAGCCACCAUAUUCCGCAGAGAGGCGAGAUUAAAGACUUGA